GUGCACAAUGAGAUUGCACGUGAAGUACUUGUUGAUCAUUCAAAUUUUUUUCGUCAUAGUCUUAUUAUUUCUACUACAUAAUGGCAACAAGCGACUUCUUGUGCCUUUUAAUGACCCUUUUUACAACAUACAACAAAGAGAAUACCACGUGACAACAUCAUUUCCAGAUACCCGUAUGUCCUACCAACUUGCUUUGAAAACAUCACCAAUCCUAUCAAACUUAAACGUCACAAAGGACGAGACCUUAAUGUUUUGGUCAAAAUCCAACACCUCCUUCUGUAAUAACAGCUUUACCGGUUUCGCCCAUCUGUUCGCCAUACUGAAAGGAGUUCUUCUGGAUCCUUCCUUCAGCGCGGGGCCACAAGGAGGGGAGAGAAUAGAAAGCGUUCUCAACCAACCGGAAGAGAAAGAGUUCCUAACUCUAAAACCAGGAUAUUUUCAAAUCCGUUGUGACAACAUUACUGGAGAUAUGAAGUACAAGUUUCAACAUGGCGACCAUCUUGUAAAAUGGAUGGCAGCUCUGAAACCGGUUUCAAAGAUGCCCGCGCAUCAGGAAAUUGACAAAAUCACCAUAGCAGUAACUCGAUACGAGUAUGCUAAUGUUUAUCAUACGAUGACCGACUGGUACAAUGCCUUUCUAAUGCUUCUGUUUUUAAAUGUUAAAAGUUUCACUGCUAACAUCUUGUUUAUUGAUAGUCAUCCCCAAGGUGGGCUUGAUUCUAUCUGGACCACUUUGUUUGGAGGAUAUGUGCGCGCUGGUCAACUGACGAAGCCUCAGUAUUUCAAGACUCUGAUUUGGAAUAUCCAAGGGUACAAAAGUCCCAUGUUUCGACAUAACUUGCCAUCAAUACCGCAUAUUGAAAUCUUUAGGCUAUUCUUUCUCGCGAAACAUAACGUACAGGUUACCAAACGGUUGAAUUGUGAAAAACUGCAUAUAACUUUUCUUUGGCGACGCGAUUAUGUAGCGCAUCCACGAAAUCCCAGAGGUAUUAUAAGCCGGAAGGUUAAAAACGAAAAAGAACUAGAAGACUCGGUACACAAGUUAUAUCCAAACAAUUGUAUCGUCAGCCUGCGGACAGAGAAUAUGAGUAUGCAUGACCAACUUGGGGUCAUUGCAAAGACUGACAUUUUAGUAGGCAUGCACGGUGCAGGGUUAACACUGUCGCUGUUCCUCCCCAAAAACGCAGGACUCAUAGAGUUGUACCCAAAAUACUGGUCUGUUGACAACGUCCACUUUAAGGCAAUCGCUAGGUGGCGAAACCUACAGUACACACAGUGGCAAAACAUGGACAAUAAGAUGGAGUUCCCCGAUUACUUCACUUAUAUCCCUCCGUCUGUCAUUCAAAACCUACUGUCCAAUAUCAUUGGUUUAAUGUGUAAACCUUAUAAAGACAAGGAAAGGUGA